AUGGGUGGAGGAGGAAAACCUACAACGAAGUCUAACGUAAAGAAGUAUCAGUUUAGAAGAAAACUGUCUGAAUUCAAUAAUACGGUCCGUCUUCUUGAAACAAAGUUGGAGGAAGCAUUAUGGAAUGAAGAAUACAAAAUGGCCAUUGAGAUCGAAGAAUGCUUGAAGAAGUUCCGCUCCCGGGAAAUUCCAUUGCACGAGCUGCUCAAAGAAAGACACGAUGCUGUUGUAAAGCGGAACUAUGUGGAAGCGCAGAGAACCAUGGAUGAUGCUUUGCAGAGCAGAGAUUUUGAGAAGUUUCUGACGGUCGAGGAGGUAAGCUGUCGUAACCCAACUGUCAAUUUAUUAUCAAAAAAGAUCUUGUCAGCACUUACUCGAGAACUCGCUGAGGGCAUGCGUCAACAAUUAGUCUGUUUGACAAUUCGGAGAAAAACAUUUCCCUAA